CUCACACCUCAACAACACCACCACCACCACCACCAUGAGCGACAUUAUCCGCUUCACCAACGGCUACCUCGCCCAGGCAGACGGCACUGCGCUCAAGGCCGACCUGUACAUCUCGCGCAGCACCGGCAAGAUCAUCUCGGGCCAGCAGUCGUACUACACCACCGAGCUCGCGCCCGCGCGCACCAUCGACCUGCAGGGCGGCCUGCUCAGCCCCGGCCUGAUCGAUGUGCAGAUCAACGGCGCGUACGGCGUCGACUUUUCCGAGCUCGAGGACGGCGACGCCGGCGAGGCGGCUUUCCUUGCCGGCCUUGACAAGGUCGCCAAGCGGAUCGUCGAGACGGGCACGACUAGCUUCGUGCCUACUAUCAUUACGCAGAAGGAGGAGCUGUAUGCCAAGCUCCUGCGCCUCCUCCGCCCGCGCUCGACCCCGGCCUCAGCCCACUCGCUAGGCUACCACGCCGAAGGCCCCUUCCUGCACCCCGACCGUCGCGGAGCACACAACAACGCGCUGCUGCUGACGGCGUCGGCGCGCCCGCCGAUCGAGUCGUUCAACAAGGUCUAUGGACCGGGACUGGACCAGCCCGGCGUCAAGAUGAUCACGGCCGCGCCAGACGUCGAGGGCGUGAUGGAGUGCGUGGAGAACCUCGUCGAGCGCGGCGUUACCUUCUCCAUUGGCCACUCGGACGCCAGCCUCGAGGUCGCGCAGGCGGCGGUUGACCGUGGCGCGAACAUGAUCACGCACUUGUUCAACGCCAUGCCCCCCAUCCACCACCGCGACCCCGGCGUCAUCGGCCUGCUGGGCGACCCCAUCCGCGAAGCCUACUACGGCAUCAUUGUCGACGGCCUCCACUCGCACCCCAACACUGUGCGCAUCGCGUACGGCGCCGCUCCGGAACGGUGCAUCCUGGUUACUGAUGCCCAAUGGAUCAUGGACCCCAACCUCCCCGACGGCGUGCACCACUGGCGCGAGGGCUUCUCGUUCCGGAAAGAGGGCCUGCGGGUGGUCAUCGACGGCACCAACACGCUGGCCGGCUCGGCGAUCCCGUUCGACCAGUGCGUCGCCAACCUGUCGCACUGGGCGGCGAUCACGCUGCCCCAGGCGCUCGUGUGCGCGACGCACCACCCUGCGCAGAUGCUCGGCGGCGAGGUCGGCCGUACAAAGGGCCGUCUCGAGCUGGGCAUGGACGCCGACCUCGUCGUGUUUGGCUGGGACGGCAAGGUGCGGAGUACGUGGGUCAUGGGCGACGAGGUGUACCGCGCGCCCGACGUGACGCAGGGCGACACGAUCAAGCCGCUCAAGGAGGUCAACGGCAAGGCCGAGCACUAGGCGGUGUGCAGGCUUGGCGGCUGGACGUCGGUGGAGGAGGCAUGAGUGCGCGCAUAUGGUGGCCGCGGGCCAGUGAGCACGAGGUUACGGUUAUCAGUCAGUCUUUGGGUUCAAUGCAUCGCUUCGAGA